AUGCCCCACCUUCAAAAAUUUGGGUUCUUCGGUAGAUCGGACAGGUACCAUACGAGGCUGGAAGAGACGUCCGAUUUGCCAAAGCCCGUUUUCGUCACCGCAGCUUCACAUGCUUUCUACCGGCAUUCUUUAGCGGUGGUCUCUGACGUGCAACGGCUCUUUCCUGAUCACCGGAUCCUUUACUAUGACUUGGGGCUCGACGUAGUGAAAGAGGUCCACGCGGUUCGGCGGAUGUGCAAUGUGGAGUACCGGCGAUUCCCGUUCGAAUCCUAUCCGUCAUAUGUGUCGGAUCUUAAACAGUACCGGUGGAAGUGUCUGCUGAUCGCGGUCACCGUAGUGGUUGCCAUGUUAGAUGAAGACAGUAGCGCCUACAAGUACUUUCCCACGGUUAUUGAAAAUCUGAAAUCGACGAAAGCUCAGAUGUUCGAUGCUGCAUUGAUGCUGGUCGUUCGAACAAAGGAGGUAGUUGAAGAUAUUCUUUCAUGGUAA